AGUGACGUACUCAGCGUGCGCCGCAAUGUUACUUCGCCACCACGUGGUGAUGAUAGCAGCUGCGGGCGGCAGAGGAGGGAGGUUGCUGCUGGCUGCUGCACAGAAUCAGAUGUCGCUGAAGAGGAAGAGGCCGGCGGGAGCUGCCGCUGAUAGCCGGGGAAGAAAGCAGCCGGAGGACAGCAGCACCGGGGAACGAUAUGUGCCGCCGCCCACGAAGCGGAGAGCCGGGGUCAGCUUCGGAGAGGAGCAUUUCCGGGAGGCCGAGUGUUACCUGGAGAACGGGCUGCGCAAGGUCCGGCCCUACUUCUUCCACUUCGAGACGUACUGCAAGGGCCGCUGGCUGGGGAAGAGCCUGCUGCAGAUCUUCGCCUCAGAGUUCCGCUCGCAGACGCUGGAGUACUACACGCUGGCGGCCCGGGCCGGGAGGCUGCGGCUUAACCAGGCCACGGUCACCGACCUGAGCAUCGUGCUGAAGGACAAUGAUUUCCUCAGGAACACAGUGCAUCGUCAUGAACCUCCUGUAACUGCGCAGCCCCUGCACAUCUUAGCUGAAAAUGAUGAGAUUGUGGCAGUGGACAAACCAUCCUCUCUGCCAGUACAUCCCUGUGGUCGCUUCCGGCACAACACAGUUAUUUUUAUUCUGGGCAAAGAGCACAAUUUGAAGCCACUUUACCCUAUCCACCGCCUGGAUCGUUUGACUUCUGGUGUGCUUGUGUUUGCCAAAACUCUGGAAGUGUCCAAGAAGUUGGCUGAACAAGUGCGAGAGAGACAGGUGGAGAAGGAGUAUGUAUGUAGAGUGAAUGGUGAAUUUCCAGAAGAAUCGGUGAUCUGUGAGGAGCCCAUAAUGGUUGUCUCCUAUAAGAUUGGUGUAUGUCGUGUAAACCCAAACGGCAAACCCAGCAAAACUGUCUUCCAAAGACUUAGUUACAAUGGAAAGUCUAGUGUAGUUAAAUGCUUCCCUUAUACUGGCCGUACACACCAAAUCAGAGUCCACUUGCAGUAUUUAGGGCAUCCUAUUGUCAAUGACCCAGUAUACAAUACAGAGGCCUGGGGUCCCAACCGAGGCAAAAAGGGUGAAAUUAACAAAACGAAUGAAGAACUGUUGCGGUCUCUCAUAGAGGAACAUAAAGCUAAACAGAGUCUGGACAUCCUGGAUAUUGCAGAAGAAGAUGUUCAUCUAACAUUGACAAGUAAGGAAAGUGAAGGUGACCAACACUGCUCACAGACUGUAUCAGAUGAAACCAUACCAGUGGACAAAGACCCAACAUGUGUCCACCCUACCAAGGAAGCUACUUUAAGUGUGAAUUGUGAUGAUCUAAACAGUGAUAAAGAAAGCAAUAGUGAACCAGUUUUCUGUACGGAUACAUCAGAAAGCGGGAAAGGGUUUAUAGACUCUCUCUGUGAAGAAUGCAGGAUUGUAAGGGCUGACCCUUCUCCCAAAGAGUUGAUUAUGUACCUUCAUGCUUUACGGUAUAAAUGGGCUGAUUUUAAUUUUUCCACGGAACUACCUGAAUGGGCAAAAGAUGACUGGAAAGAGUACUGAAAGCAAACACUAUUAGGACACUGUAUAUUACAUUCUGAGUGAUCUGGAUUAAAUUACUUAAUUCAUAUUUAAGAA